AUGGAAAUACGAUUGGGAUUUAGGAUUACCCUGGUCUUGGUCACCCUGGUCUUAACUUUCUCAGGAGAGAGAGUGGAAGCACAAAGGGCAGGAUGUAAAAAUGUCCACUAUGACUUGGCAUUCAUCCUGGAUACCUCCUCCAGUGUGGGAAAAGAGAACUUUGAGAAGAUCAGGCAGUGGGUGGCCAACCUGGUGGAGUCUUUUGACAUAGGACCUGACAAGACAAGAGUGGCUGUGGUUCGGUAUAGUGACAGGCCUACCAUUGAAUUCAACCUGGGGAGACAUAAGACCCUGGAGGAUGUGAAGCGAGCUGCCCGUAAUAUACGCUACCUGGGGGGAAAUACAAUGACCGGGGAUGCUAUCAGCUACACCACCGAGAACAUCUUCACAGAGCGGAACGGGGCGAGGCCCAUGGCCAGAGGCAUUCAGAGGGUGGCUAUCCUCCUAACGGAUGGCAGAAGCCAGGAUUAUGUUCUGGAGCCCUCCAAGGCAGCCGCCAAAGCAGGGAUCAGGAUGUUUGCUGUGGGCAUUGGGGAGGCGCUGAAAGUAGAGCUGGAGGAGAUUGCAGCUGAGCCCAAGAAUGCCCAUGUCUUCCACGUGACGGACUUCAAUGCCAUUGACAAGAUCAGGGGCAGGCUGCGGAGGAGGCUCUGUGAGAAUGUGCUGUGUCCAAACAUGAAGGUACAACCUGAUCGGUUCAAGCCCAACAGCACCAGUUAUGGUCUUGAAAAGGUUCCAGGGUUUGACCUGAUGGAGUACUUUAAUGUGAGAGAUAUUUUGGGAACCAGAGUUGAUGAAGGCCAAAGUUCUUAUGUUCGCCUUGGGACGAUGCCAAUUGUCCAGCAGACAGAAGAUGUGUUCCCUCAAGGUUUACCAGAUGAAUAUGCCUUUGUGACAACAUUCAAAUUCAGGAAAACCUCACGACGUGAGGAUUGGUACCUCUGGCAGGUUUUCGACAAAUAUGGAAUCCCACAGGUGUCUAUCCGCCUGGACGGUGAGAACAAGGCAGUGGAGUACAAUGCUGUUGGACUGACCAAAGACGCCGUCAGAGCAGUCUUCAAGAACCCUGAAGUCGACAACCUGUUUGACCGUAACUGGCACAAGAUUGCUCUCAGUGUGGAGGCCAAGUCUGUAUCUCUGUACCUGGACUGCAAACACAUCCAGACUCUGCCCAUUGAAGACAGGGAGGACAUCGACAUCCAAGGCAAAACAGUGAUUGGAAAGAGGCUUUAUGACAGUGUACCGAUUGAUUUUGACCUCCAGAGGAUGAUGAUUUACUGUGAUUCCAAGCAUGCAGAGCUGGAAACCUGCUGUGAUCUACCUAAUGGGCCAUGCCCCAAGAAAGUUGUGACAGAGGCACCCCCUCUGGAGAUCCCCACCCCGACACCCACAGUUGGGGAGCAGAAAAGAGGCCCUGAAGCCAACUGUUCCUGCCCCCCUGGAGAGAGGGGAGAGAUCGGUGCACCUGGUGUUGCAGGUCCCAAGGGUGAAAAGGGUGACACUGGCCCUCAGGGCGCCAUUGGACCCCCUGGCCUCAGAGGACAAAAAGGAGAAACUGGCAAAGUAGUCUCUGUCAAAGGCGACAGAGGGGAGAAGGGUGAUAGAGGCAGCAUAGGGUUGACAGGUGCUGACGGACAAAAAGGAGAGAAGGGAAACGGUGGUGUGCCAGGGAUUGAUGGCUUGCCAGGUGAUUCAGGAGAAAAAGGUGAACCAGGAGUGGCUGGUGUUGUAGGGUUGCCAGGCCCAGCUGGAGCAAAGGGAGUCCAAGGGGAUCGUGGAGCUCCUGGAGCACGUGGACUUGCAGGUCUUGCUGGUGAAAGAGGUUUAAGAGGAGAACAAGGAACUCCAGGAAGCAAGGGAGCUGCAGGCUUAGAUGGGUUGCCUGGAAAACCUGGUACUCCUGGGAUAGAUGGUUUGACAGGACUGGCUGGCGCACCUGGUGCCCCAGGAUUUAAAGGCGAAAAGGGGGAGAGCGGCCCUGCUGGAUUACCUGGGGAUGUGUUUCAGCAAGAGGGCUUGAAGGGAGAAACGGGAGCUGCUGGACCUCCAGGGCCUCCAGGGGCCGACGGGCUGCCAGGACCCCCUGGCCCCCCUGGUCCACAGGGUUUACCUGGUGAGCCUGGAGAGUUUGGCCAGAGGGGAAAGAAAGGUGAAAGUGGAUUGCCUGGAGUGGAUGGCCUUCCUGGACCCCCUGGUCCUCAAGGUCCAGCUGGACCAGCAGGAAACCCUGGACACACAGGACCUCCUGGUCUACCUGGGGAAAUUGGAUUUUCAGGCAAACCUGGAGAGCCUGGAAAACCUGGUCUACCUGGUAAAGAUGGCCUGGAUGGUCUUCCUGGAAAUGAUGGCACUAUGGGGCGUCCUGGAGAGCGUGGAGCAGAUGGGUUUCCUGGCAAGCCUGGACCUAAGGGUGAGGAUGGACCUCCUGGACCAAGAGGACCACCAGGAGAGAGAGGAGAAGCUGGUUUACCUGGACAACCAGGCACUGAUGGACCAAGAGGAGACAGAGGCGUUCCGGGAGAAAGAGGACAAGAUGGACCAAUUGGGCCAAAAGGUGAAAAGGGCGACAAGGGUGAAGUGGGAGCCCGGGGACCGCCUGGUGUUCCAGGAAAUGUGGCCAGUGUUAUCCCUGAGCCUGGUGAACCUGGAGGACCUGGGGAAAAAGGAGAGAAGGGAGACCAAGGGAAUCCAGGAGAGAUGGGUCCAAGAGGAUUACCAGGUGAACAAGGCUUUAAGGGACUGCCUGGACCACUGGGUCCAAAAGGUGAAACUGGACUUACAGGAGAGAUGGGACGUGUUGGAGACCCUGGCCCACCUGGAAUAGCUGGUCCUCAAGGUCCUCGUGGAUUACCAGGAAAUGUGGGCAUCCCUGGAACCAUUGGGCCUCCUGGUCCAGCUGGACAGAGAGGAGAGAAGGGUGAUACAGGUAAAGAUGGCCAAACUGGACCCUCAGGCCCUCCUGGAGAGCCUGGUUUGCCUGGACCAACUGGACCACCAGGAAAGGGGAAAGAUGGAGAAAAAGGAGAACCUGGACCACAGGGAAUUCAAGGACCUCCAGGGAUAAAGGGGCAACCAGGAACACAAGGGCAACCUGGGUUGCCAGGAGACCGGGGUCCCCCAGGAGAAGGCAAAGUGGGACUGAUGGGACCUCCAGGGAAUAAUGGAGAACCUGGGCCUGCGGGCAUGAGGGGUCCACCUGGUAUUGCUGGUCCUCAGGGGCCUCCUGGACACAAUGGAUUGCCAGGAAGGCCAGGCGAGAAAGGUUCACCUGGAGAGCCUGGAAAGGCCGCAGACCUCUCUGAACUGAAUCUGAAGGAUAUGUGCUCUGACUGUCCGCCCGGCCCAGUUGGACCACCCGGCCUUCCGGGAACUCCAGGAGACAAAGGACACCCUGGACCACCAGGGAAAAACGGUCAAGAUGGUUACCAAGGCCAGCCAGGUCCAGCCGGACCUCCGGGGCCUCCCGGAACUGAAGGAAGCAAGGGUAUAAAAGGCGACCGAGGGCCCGCUGGAGCACCAGGAGACAAAGGAGACAAGGGACACCCAGGACCCCCUGGCCAUCCAGGACCUGCCGGCAUUAUGGGUACACCUGGUAACGAUGGACAGCCUGGCCCCAUCGGUCCCCCAGGAGCCCCAGGAGAAAAGGGCAAAGAGGGUCUCAAAGGAAUCCAGGGACCACCAGGUCUUCCUGGUUUGAUUGGUCAGCCUGGAAAAAUGGGAAAAGACGGGAGACCAGGUGAACAAGGAGAACCUGGCAAGCAGGGAGAACCUGGACCACCAGGCAAUCCUGGGCUCAGAGGACUCCCUGGCUUUAAGGGCCACAGAGGAGAACCUGGAGUCCCGGGAUCUAAGGGUGAAGAUGGAAAGCCUGGGUUGCCUGGGCGUGAGGGCAAACCUGGAAAAGAAGGCUCUAUGGGAUCUCCAGGACUAGAGGGACCUAUUGGUCCAAGAGGAGAGCCGGGCAAACCUGGAGAACCAGGACCAUCAGGAAAAUCAGGCAACCCUGGAAUACCAGGCCUUAUGGGACCCAAAGGAGAGGCCGGCAACCCAGGAUUACCAGGCUUUAGUGGGCCUAAAGGCCCUGCAGGUCCACCUGGUCCAAUUGGCCCAGAGGGAAAACAGGGGAUACCAGGCAGAGCUGGUGAUCGUGGUAUCAAAGGAGAUAAGGGUGACCCAGGUGGGAAGGGAGAUAAAGGACAUAUGGGAGAUCCAGGUAUGCCAGGAAACCCUGGACCCCCAGGCAGGAAGGGCCACACAGGGAUGAUGGGCAUGAUGGGACCCCCAGGAGAAAUGGGACCUUCUGGGCCGCAAGGACCUUCCGGAAACCCCGGAAUGCCAGGCCCAAGGGGAGAGUCAGUAUCACUGGAACAGAUGCGACGGCUCAUCCAGGAGGAGCUGGCAAAACAAUUAGAUGCUAAAAUGGCAUACCUCAUGGCUCAAAUCCAGCCAGCCCAUGUGAAGAGUACAGCAGGCCGUCCAGGACCUCCUGGUCCUCCAGGUAAAGAUGGCAUGCCUGGGCGACCAGGCCCCCCUGGAGAGCCCGGUAUGCCUGGACAGAAUGGAGGAGAAGGAGCCAGGGGACCUAUGGGCCCUAAAGGUGAGAAAGGAACCAAAGGAGAAAAGGGAGAUCCUGGUAUUGGUGAAAGAGGAGAGCAAGGCCCUGCUGGUCCUAUUGGUCCAGCUGGUAUGCCUGGUUAUGGAAAAGAUGGAAGCCCAGGACAAGCCGGGGCUCAGGGAGAGCCCGGAAACCCCGGCCCCCAUGGUCAACCCGGACCUCCAGGACCUCCUGGCCAGUGUGACCCCACCCAAUGUGCCUACUAUGCCAGCCUGGCACAAAGACCCCACACCAAAAACAUCAAGGGGACUUAAAACAGACACAAAGAGCUUGAAGUCCAGCAAUAUUUAUGAACUUGGACACGCCAGAAUCAAGAACUUUUCCUUUUUAAAGAUGAUAGUAACCUCAAUUUGGAG